AUGGGCUGCUACUCGCCUUCUCAAACCGUUCCUAGAUGUCUCGAGCCAAGCACAGUCCAGCCAAUCACAGCCAAGCCCAUAACCGCGGAGCCAAUCACAGUGGACGUUUUCCCCGCGGUGUUUCUCGAGCGCGAUUACGAGUUCAUGGGGGAAAUCGGCAGCGGGCAGUACGGCAAGGUCUGGAAGUGCCGCUCGCGCCUCACCGGCCGGCAGUUCGCCUGCAAACAGGUCAAGAAGCGGCCGGCAAGGGCGGCACGGUCGGCACAGUCGGGACGGGGACAGCAAGGGCGGAAGGACUCUGCGCAGCGGAAAACGCGGGAGAGAAACGGCGGGAUGGCCGGCGCGGACGGCGCAGCGGGUUCAGGAGAUGACGUGGACCCGAUUGAGCGUGAAAUUGCGGCGCUGACUCAUUUGGAGGGUUGCGACGGCGUCACGUCGCUACACGGCGUGUUUGAGGACGCCACGUCGGUUUUCCUCGUUAUGGACUUGUGCGAUAGUGGCGACUUGUUCUCGCUUAUCGCGGACACGGACGGAGUUCCCGAGGACGAAUCACGUCAGCUGUUUGCUGACGUGGCGCGCGCGGUGAAAGAAUGCCAUGACAGGGGCGUGUUGCAUCGAGACAUAAAACCCGACAACGUACUCCUUUCUUUACGCAACACAACUACUACGCCUGAUAUGGGUAGCAGUCCGAGUAACCCCCAGAUUGCGGGGUUGGACUACAACUACCCCUCACCUACGAGUAACACUUCUUGGACCUCCGCCGCGCCUUUAUUUCACGGUUUCCGCGCCACGACUGCGUUUCCGUCACCGUCGCCGAGCCGCCGGCGCUACGACGUGAAGCUAGCGGAUUUCGGCCUGUCGGUGAUUCUAAUGGGGGGCGGGCGCGUGCGCGGGUACGCGGGGAGUUUCCCGUACGAAGCGCCAGAGGUGGUUGGGUUGAGAGAGUACAGUUUCGCAGCGGAUAUCUGGAGCAUGGGCGUGCUUUUGUACGCGUUAUUGUCUGCGAACUGGCCCGAGUUCAAGAACAGGCAGGCGCUUAACGAGGAGACGGACUGGACUGGCGCGUCGUGGGAUCAAGUGUCGGAGGACGCAAAGGAUCUUAUCCGUCGAUUGCUGACGGUGGAUCAAGAUCGACGGCCCACGAUCGAUGAGGUGCUGAGGCACCCGUGGCUGGCGCAGGCGACCCGCGUUGAUCGUACCGAAAGCGUUGACUCCGCUGACUGCGUUGACCGUGAGAAGGGGACAAAAUUGAAACAAAAUCCGUCGCUUCUGCCGCCGCUCCUCAUCCCCUCGCAAUCGCUCGAUUCUCGCGAGUCUACCUCCCUCGAGUCGGCUUCGUCCAUUCCGUCGGAAGCUUCCUUCCUCUCCGCGCUUGCCGCCACGCCUGCUUCUCUCCCCACGCCAACAGCUACUUUUACUGCCACCAGCACGACGUAUCAUGCGGCGAGUGAAAGGAGCAACGCGAUCGGCGCGGUAUCGGGGGGGAUCCGCAGCGCCGUGUGA